AUGGCGGGUCGGCUUCUCAGUUCGCUCGCCUUCGCUCUUUCUGCCCUGGGUGUCUCGGGCCUGCCCCAGUCGGCCAAGUCAGACGGCUUCUAUCUCGGCGUGCCCAUCUCAAAUCCCGACGCCCAGAAUCUUAUCCCGCACAAGUACAUUGUCGUCUACAACAACACGUUCAACGACGAUGAUAUCGUAGCCCACCAAGAAAGCAUCAUCAAGACAAUAUCCACCCGCAACAUCAACAAGCGCAGCCCAUUAACAGGGCAGCUCCUGUCGACCGCCGUCAAGAGCUUCAAGGUUGGCGCGUGGCGGGCCAUGUCCCUGGAGGCCGACGACCUCAUGAUCAACGAGAUUUUCUCGUCCAACGAGGUCGAGUACAUCGAGCAGGACGCCUAUGUCAACCUUAAUGCCAGGGCAAUGCAGGCGCAAGCCCCCAGCGGUCUGGUCCGUCUCAGCCACGCGAGGGCUGGCUCCGGGGCCUACAUCUUUGACGACAGCGCGGGUGAGGGUAUCACGGCGUUUGUGGUGGACACGGGCAUUCGCGUCUCGCACAGCGAGUUUGAGGGUCGUGCGACGUUUGGCGGGAACUUUGUCGACGAUGACGACGACCUGAACGGCCACGGGAGCCACGUUGCCGGAACUAUUGGCGGCAAGACUUUCGGCGUGGCCAAGAAGGUCAACCUGGUCGCUGUCAAGGUCCUGGAUGCCGAUGGCGGCGGCACCAACUCCGGCGUCAUUGCCGGCAUGCAGUUUGUCGCCGACACGGCCGAGCAGAACGGCCUUAGCGGCAAGGCCGUCAUGAACAUGUCCCUGGGCGGCAGCCGCUCGCGCGCAGUCAACUCAGCCAUCAACCGGGUCGAGGCUGCGGGCGUCGUGCCCGUGGUCGCCGCUGGCAACGAGAACCAGGACACGGCCAACACUUCCCCCGGAUCGGCCGAGCGCGCCAUAACUGUCGGCGCCAUCGACCAGACCAACGACCAGCGGGCGUCCUUCUCCAACUUUGGCGAGCUCGUCGACGUCUUCGCCCCCGGCGUCCGGGUCCUCAGCGUCGGCAUCCGCAACGACAACGACACUGACACCCUGAGCGGCACCAGCAUGGCUUCCCCCCACGUCGCCGGCCUGGCCGCCUACCUCAUGGCCCUCGAGGGCAUUAGCGGCGUGCAAGACGUCGCCAACCGCAUCAAGGAACUCGCCUCGCUGACGGGCGCCGAGGUGCGCAACAACGUCGCCGGCACCACCAGCCUGAUUGCCAACAACGGCAACCGGACCUAA